UUGUUCAGCUGCGCUACCAAUAUCCUCCAACACUGCGCAUUUCUGGCGCAGCAACAGGGGGUGGAGUUUUGCGUCGCAAAGGUUCAGGUUCCAGUGAACAAGAUGCUUCUACUUCUACCCCAUCGGCUUCUGCACGACCAAGCAAGCUCCAUUUAGGAGCGGGUGGAAAAAGUUUGGGUGAACAUCAACAAGAUGCUUCUACUUCUACCUCAACAUCAUCUAGCUCAUGUACAACUACCUCAUGUUCUUCUACAAGUAGAACUACACCGUUAAUACCUUCUGCAAGUAGUCGUAGAAACCUGCAUCUAGGACCAGUUCACAGUGAUGACGUCUAUGGCCAUUUCGAAGAGGAAGUCAAUUUCUGGAUGCCGCUGGUGCCUAUUGGCGACGCUGCCUCCACUAGAGUGAAUACCUUGUGGGCAGAAAGUACACCUGGUCGAGGCGAUUGGCACCCGUUUGACAAGCUACAGAUUGGCGAUUGUAUGAGAUUCCAUGGGACGCAUUGUAGACAUUUUGCGGUGCAAUAUCUUGGUCAAAGUGGUUUGUGUGGGAAUAGAGAAGCCGCAACGAAAACGAAAAGCGACAUCAAGGACAUUGGCAUGUCGGAAGAGAAUGGCACCACAAUUCCGGAAAGGAGGUUCAGUCUUGACUUUCGGUGUUAUGUAGUCGAGAAUGAGGAGAUGAAGGAACGUGGCCAGGCACUAGCCGGAGAUGGCAAGAAAAGCACUAGCCCUCCAAUGAAAAAAUCCCCUACAACAAUCCAACAGCAGGGUCGUCUGCCUUACUAUCAUGAACGAAGAACAAUGUCAUUUCAUCUCUGUGGUGAUCCGAAAGUUGCCAGGAAAAUCAGGACACCGGCACAACUGUCGUGGCGAAGGGUUGAUAAUGCGACUUCCUAUUCCUGAACCUGAAGAACCCAAAAGUCCUCCUGCUCUAUCAUCUAAGUACAGUACUAAAUAAUGAAUCAUUCAACAGCAC